AGGUGAGGUGGGGAGGCUGGAGCCGCCUGGGGAGGAGCCGUCGGAGCAGCCGGGGCAGAGCUGGGUCGUGCCUGGAGCCAUGGACCCACCGCAGCCUCCUGCAAGGGGCUUUGGGAUGGAGCUGGGGAGCGCAGCCCUUGCCCCCAUCCGCAGGCUCUGCGCCCCGGGGGGACACGGAGGGACCAUGGGCACUGUCAGUGCCAUGGGCUGGAUGCUGCUGCUGCUGCUGCUGCUGCAGGUGGUGCCCUGGGCUGCAGGAGCCCGGCCCUGCAGCCCCAAGUACUUUGGCCAUGGGGCCAUGGUGUGUGUCUGCAAUGCCACAUACUGCGACACGCUGGACCCCGUGGUGCUGCCGGCACCGGGCACCUACGUCAAGUACGAGAGCAGCAAGGCCGGGAAGCGGCUGGAGCGCAGCGAGGGGAGCUUCCAGCGCAGCCUGCGAGCCCCAGGUACCUGCUGCAGCCGAGCGGGUGCCAGUGCAGCCCCAGGCAGCGUGUGCUGAGCUGGGGUCUCCAUCGCAGGGCUGCUGCUCACGGUCAACGUCUCCACGUUGUACCAGCGCCUGAAGGGCUUCGGGGGCUCCCUCUCCGAUGCUGCUGCCCUCAACAUCCUGGGGCUGUCGCCGCCGGCCCAGGACAAGCUGCUGCAAUCCUACUUCUCAGAGGAAGGGAUCGAGUACAACCUCAUCCGGCUCCCCAUGGCUUGCAGCGACUUCUCCAUGCGCCCCUACAGCUACGACGAUGUCGCCGAUGACUACGAGCUGAAGCACUUCAAGCUGGCGGAGGAGGAUGUGAAGAUGAAGAUCCCCAUCCUGCACCGGGCCUCAGCCAUGAGCAAGCGGCCGCUGUUGCUCUACGGCAGCCCCUGGACAGCCCCAGGCUGGAUGAGGAGCAACGGGGAUGUCCGUGGGAAGGGAGUGCUCAAGGGGCAGGCAGGGGACAAGUACCACAAGACAUGGGCCAACUACUUCAUCAAGUUCCUGGAUGAAUACGCCAAACACAACGUGACCUUCUGGGCGGUGACGGUGCAGAACGAGCCCCUCGCUGGGCUCCUCACCCCCCCCCAGUCCCCCACCAUCGUCUCCACGGCCAAGCAGCAGCGAGACUUCGUGGUGCAGGACCUGGGCCCCGCGCUGGCCCGGAGCUCCCAUCGCACCCGGCUCAUCAUCCUGGAUGACCAGCGCAUCCACCUGCCGCACUGGGCCAAAGUGGUCCUGAGCAAUGCCACCGCUGCCAACUACGUCGCCGGGAUUGGGGUUCACUGGUACCUGGACAGCAUCGUCCCCCCACGCUGCAGCCUGGGGGCCACACACGAGCUCUUCCCUCACCACUUCCUGCUCUACACAGAGGCCUGCAGUGGAUUCCUCACCUUCCGCUUCUCCGUGUCCCUGGGCUGCUGGGACCGGGGGCAGCGCUACAGCCACAGCAUCCUCACGGUCCUGAACCACUUCGUGUCCGGUUGGACCGACUGGAACCUGGCCCUGGACAUGAAAGGGGGCCCCAACUGGGUCAAGAACUACGUGGACAGCCCCAUCAUCGUGGACAGCAGCAAGGACACCUUCUACAAGCAGCCCAUGUUCUACCACAUGGGGCACUUCAGCAAGUUCAUCCCCGAGGGCUCUCAGCGUGUGGGGCUGCAGCAGAGCCGCCGGUGCCUCCUCUGCCAGCUCGAGCACGUGGCUGUCGUGCGCCCCGAUGGGGCCCUGGUCCUGGUGGUGCUCAACAGGUCUGGCUGGGACGUGUCCUUUGGGAUCCAGGACCCUGCUGUUGGCUUCAUCGAGGCUGUGGCUCCGGCCAACUCCAUCCAGACCUACCUGUGGCGUCAGCAGUGACGGCUGGGAUGGUGCUGGGGCUGGUGCUGAGCAAGGGGGGGGACCCCUGGGGGUCCCUGUGCAGUGAUGGAAGCUGCUGCAAGGGGCUCCGUGUGCUCCCUGCGCUGCACCCCCUCUGCUCCCCAGCCCCACUGCUCCAUGUCCUGGCCCUGGCUCCCACACGUGGCUCCCAUGGCCCCUUGGCGUGCGCCAAGCGGAGCGGUGACGCGGCCGCUCCGGUAUGCUCCAUCCGUCAGUGUUUCCCCUACGGAAACAGAGCGGUUUUCCUCGGGAAGGGCUCCGGAGGGCUCCGUGUGCGGCUGCCGAUGGCUGCAGCUGGAGCCUCAGCCGCCUGCCAGCGCCUGAUGGCUUUCAGAUGUGCUCUGGGUUUGCCCCAACUCAGCUUCGGUUCCCUCUAUAUUAAAGUGAAAUCUCGCUGGAGAAAAGGGAA